UGUUUCACUUCAACAAAAGCAAGUAGCUGCUCAUUGCUUCAUUAACUUUUUGGCAUUUGGAGAAGGCAGUGUUUACUCAAUUAUACUAUAUUAAAUCGCUAAAGUUGCAAAUAAAUAUUAUUAAUUCUAAAAUACUACUUGCUGUCCAAUGCACGCUCAUUUGCCGACAGUUUCCAGGGCAUUUCGAGUGCUAUUUGCGGACAAAAAGGAAAAUUUAACAUGUUUACCAUGGCUGGUUGUCCUUUCAAUGGCACUAUUCAAAUUACAAAUUGUUAAAACAAUUGGAAAAUGUUAAAAGUUAAACAGCGUAGUAGCAGAUUGAUUUACAGGCAAAUUAUAGGCUUGUGUAUUACUAUAUUUGAAGUAAAUUUCGAAACAAAUUAUUGUCCAAUGCACGCUCAUUUGCCGUCAGUUUCCUGGGCAUUUCGAGUGCUAUUUGCGGACAAAAAGGAAAAUUUAACAUGUUUACCAUGGCUGGUUGUCCUUUCAAUGGCACUAUUCAAAUUACAAAUUGUUAAAACAAUUGGAAAAUGUUAAAAGUUAAACAGCGUAGUAGCAGAUUGAUUUACAGGCAAAUUAUAGGCUUGUGUAUUACUAUAUUUGAAGUAAAUUUCGAAACAAAUUAUUGUCCAAUGCACGCUCAUUUGCCGUCAGUUUCCUGGGCAUUUCGAGUGCUAUUUGCGGACAAAGAGGAAAAUGUAACAUAUUACCAGUGGAUAGUUGUAUUUUAAUGGCGCUAUCCAACUUGAAAAAUGUUAGAACAAAUUAAUAUAGUAGAAAAAGUAUUUGUAGAACUACUUAUAAUGGAAAUAUUAAUAUACUUAUUUAGAACUGUAGCACGUGCUGCUGUUAUGGACUCAUUGAAUUAAAUUGAUAUUUUAAUGUAGAAAUGAGUAAACGCUUACUGCAAGAAGGCCUUAAUGCCAGUCGAAGCAUGUGGAUAUCUCGUAUGCCGAUGUUGUUUCUUAUAUUUCAAUAUUAAUGUAAAAAUUUAAAUCAAUAUGCUUCUAUGCGCCCAUAUAUAACCUAUACUGCAUUGGAAGUAUAAUGUUCCUAUUAAAGCCCUCACUUUCUGAUGAAAUGGUUUCAUAAUAUAUAUGUUAAUAAGCUAUAUGACUUCACAUAUCUCUAAUGUAUGGAUGUGCAUACAGAUUAGAGGUUAAUUUAUGGUUAAUUAGGAUUUAUAAACUUAAAAUAUUUUCCAAAUGGUGCAAUUUGGACACUAAAGAGUAGAUAGAUAGUACAUUAAACCCCUCAACGAAUGAGAAUUUGCCAUUUAUUUUUCAUUCUAAAAUUUUUUAUGAUAAAUUGUACUCAUAUAUACAUACAUGUAAAUAUGUAUGUACCUAUGCGUAAAUCCAAAAAUAUUGCUCUCUAUAUAAUAGUGGUAACUGAAGUUUUCAUGCCAACUUAUUUUAAUACUUUCAAUUCAAGCUGUAAAUGUUAUAAAUGUUCUACUGUUUCCCACUGUAUGUACAUACUUACAUACAUAUGUAUGUAUGUAUGUACAUCCAGAAACUUUUUACAAUAAGGCACAUGCAGUCUUCAUAAGAACGCAAACCCAUAGCGCAACACAUGGAUGUUGGCUUUUCUUAACACAAUGCCGUCUGCCAUUGAAAAACUACGGUGUAAAUUGUGCUAUUCGUAGAAUGUUAAUUGCUUGUUACGGUGGAAUCAUAAAACAAACCAUAAAUUGACCCACGCAACACAAAACACAACAAACUCAGGUAGAAUUUCUAUUUUGGUGGCCAUUAGACGAAAGCAUCACCCACAAUUUCAAUGUGGCGAACACGAACAGCGCAAUCAGUUAAAAAUAAAUAAAGCCAGAUUCAGUGCUACCCGCCGGCAGCAAUGUGCAUUUGUGCGGCAUGUUGCAAGUAAGAAAAACUGCUUCAGAAAAUGCAUCAGUUGGUUACUUGCGCUGUUAGCAAGUGGACGGACGAAUUGGACCAUACUAAACGGGCGGGAAGUUGUUAGAAGCAAAAUUAUUUGAUUUUUGAAAAAAGUGAAGACUUGAAAUAAGAAAUAUGUUUUUGGAUUACAGAUUACUUUGUUUUUUAAUUGUCUUAAAAUGGGCGCACGCACGGCAAGCGCCAACGGCGACGCAACAACAGGCCUUAUAUUUUCAUGCGCUGCAAAAGUAUCCCUCCUAUCAGAUCAUAAAUGCGCAAGAGGCGAGAUUGGCAACGAAAGAGGCUGUUAGCACUAGCACGGAGUCACCAUCUACCACAAGUACUGGAACGCCAUCGAUAAGUGGUGAAAUAGAAGCCAAUUCUAGCACGGAAACAAACUCGGAGAACGCAAAAACUGACUCUACUGCAACACCACUUGAGAUUUCAACAGGUAACACAAUUUACACACCCGAUGAGUUUCCGCACGAUCUGCUAGAGAUUGCUCGUUCCAAACUCGGUCUUAAGAGUCUCGAUGAAGUGCCCAGCAUAAGUGAGCUCGCCGACUUUCUUGGCACUGAGAAUGCGGAGGAGACCAUCAAGUAUAUACGACAGAUGACAAACACAGAGCAAGGUAUCGCCUUGAUAAAAGCCUAUCUCGAAUCGGCAGACUUCACCGAUCGCACAGAUGAACAGCGACGUCGUCAACAGCAGCAGCAGGAAAAAGAACAACAAAAGUCGGCGCAUGAAAAAAUUGAAAAACAUGCAGCUGAUGUUGCAACAAAAACGCGUAACAAUUUUCUGCAACGUGUUGCGGCCUAUUUUCAUAUUUACAAUUUAUGGCCACAAAGUGGUAGCGCCGAUGCGGCUGAGACGAGGAAGAAUGUUGAGCAACAGUUAAGCAAAUACAUUAAACCACAGUUGGAUUAUAGAAAACGUGUGGCACAACAAACAGCUAACACUUUGGCACAGCAUAAGCCAAUGUUAGUGCGUAAUCCCUUACCUUAUCACUAUCCCAUACCAUUGCGCGCCAUUUCGGGGGGCAAACGUGUGAUGCAUAACGAUGCUGUUGGUAAUGUACCAAUGCAAGUGCCUAAUGCCUUUUCACCAGUACACCUGAAUACACCGAAAUUCUAUGUGCCACCGCAUAUACAAUUGGCACGCGCUACCAAUAUACCACCACAACAGCUGCAAGCGCUGCUGCAGAGCAAACCAAAACUUGCCGAAUUAGCUGCGAAGGUGAGUCGUUUGCCGUUGACUAAUGAACGCUCGUCACCCAUUGAUGCACAACUGUUGGCGGCGGUGAAACGCGCUAUAGAACAGGAUGAUGACUUGCGUAAAUUACUACAGAGCACCGCCGCAACACUCAAAUAGUUGAAAAUGUACUUUGUAUUGUAUUUUAGCAUAAAUUAAAAAUAAGUCUAAUGAAUAAAUAAAAAUUGUAGGGAAAUAUACAUAUAUAUAUAUUUUACAAACAUAUCGGUUUUUCAUUUUAUUAUAAUUAACAUAGAUUUCUAUACGAUCGCGAACAUGUUAUGCGUGUAACGCUGUGCAUAUUAGUCUUUAAGAAAAUCAAGUUAAACUUUUAAAGCACUCUCAUACAAACGUACACUAAAACAUUGUGAAAUGCCUAGUAUAUGCGUACACACUCAGCUACAUGCCAUUGCCUAACUUAACAAUUUUAUUUAAUAGCUAAAUUCCAUUUUUUGUAUUUAUUAAUAAAUUUUGCUGCUUCAAGUAAACGCUUCUAAAGUGUUGAAAAAGUCAAUAGAGACAUAAGUUAAAUUUUCAUAACUUUUUCAUUUAGAAAUUUUACGUAUAUUCAUUGAAAGUAUUCAAGUAAUUCAAGGAAAGUAUAACACAAUAGUUGAUAUAUAUAAACAUGGAAGCCAUAACAUGCAAGUUUAACUUUUUUUGGUUAUGUAUACUCUGUUUAUAUAUAACAAUUAAGUGUUAUGAAAAUCGCAGAUUUAGUGUGGAAAUAAAUUUUCGUGACAGGCGUAGUAGUUGUAAUUUAAAAUUCUGUACCGAAUCGCACGAAAAUUAAGCAAAAACAUAUUUAUAAGAGCAUACUAGUUUUUUAGGAACUGCAAAGUACUUUCAAGCAGCUAAAUCAUUCAAGUUUUUGU